GCAUUGUACCAGAGAGGCUCGGUAUUAAACUUUGAAGCGUUAGGGACAUCAUAACGAAGGCUUUUCUCUAGGUGCAAUUAGCGUAUCUAUUGAAAGGGAGUUGUGUUGUGGUCAACGAAUAGACGCUCCACUUGACCCGCCUCUAAUCAUCGGUUAGCAAUGGAUUAAUAGACUGGCCACAUACGUUGUCUGUGGCUUCCAUUGCCACAUUUGACAAACUGCCACACAAAGGGAAACAUUUUGGCGAGGCGGAGUUCCAAACGCCAAAGUUCCCCUGCUCAUAUAUAACCCAAUUAUACCCCCAAUUUGGCCCCCGGCUCUGGUCCUUCCGCCUCCCACUUUCUCUCUGCCUCGCUCUCUGCCAGUCGCGUCGAUCUUUCGAGAUGGCAACGUCUCCCGCCCCUCCCGACCUUCCGGUAGAACUGACCGACAAGAUCGUCGAUGAUCUUAAGGACGACCGACGGGCGCUGAGGGUACUUACCCUCGCCGCAAGGAGGUUCACUGACCGUGCCAAGAAGUAUCUCCAUCACGACAUCUCUGUCUCAUCCAAAAGGAAGGAUGAAAUUACACGUCUGGUAGUGGCCUACCAGGGGUUCAGGGAGCAUGUGAAGGUAUUCCGCGUCUCAUAUCAUGGCAAGAAUGCCUCGUAUAUCCAUUUGGCUCUAUGUGUACUGGAUGAUCUCCCGCACCUUGAAGAAGUCGUGAUAGAGCACACCAAAUUCAAUCCAAAGGUUUUCCAAGAUAUGUUCUUCCAUCACGGGACGACCGUACACACCCUCCACCUUCACGAUGUAACGUUCGAAACUUUCAGUGCCUUCGCGUCCCUCGUUGCGCCGUUGCGCCAGCUGCGUACUUUGUACAUCGAUACCGUUCAACUUCGUCUGGACUUUCUGAAAACUGCCAAGAGAAACCCACCCCCAUUGCUGCAGAACCUCCAGAUUCGUACCUGCGGUUUCACUGACCUUUUAUUCGCAUGGCUUGAACGCCUCAAGGAAGUCCGUAUCACGCAGUUGCAGGUGGUCUAUGCCGUUCAUAGAGACGGAACUCCUCUCUUUAACCUCAUGCGACUACUAUCAGGGUCUUUGACUCAUCUUGACCUUGAUCUUUACGUUCAUGGUUACAUGAGAGAUAUGCAUAAAUCAUUCACCGAGCCACUACUCUCCAAUAUGCCUCGCUUACAGUCUUUGACCUUCGGCAGCAUUCCUCUGCAUCCCGGGAUUAUCAACGAUACUGAGCCCAAACCCGCCUUCGCGUGGAUCUCAAAGGUCCUCCAAGACGUCGACAUAACUAGUCUCCAAGAGGUUCAAUUCAACUGCACUGCCUGGGAAUCAGAAGAAAUGAAGAACUUCCCCUUUGGGGACGUCCUCUCUGUUUUCAACACCCGGAGCUUCCCCUGCCUCCGCUCAGUAACCUUUCUCCUUCCACUCACCCAGGUCGACACAGACGACUUCCUCCCCAACGUCAGUCGUAUUAUUCAUGAUAGCCUUUCGACUCUUGUCGAUGCUUCGCUGUUGCGUAUUCAGACAUGCACUCAUAAUACACUGGGUCCAUGGAGGAGACAGUCCGUGCCUAUCCACUGGAAUGAUAGAGUGUUCAUAAUCAGUAUGCCGCUCAAUGUGGACAUCCAAAGGCUGGAUUCAAUCCCGGCCGCCCCCCAUCCGGCAGAGGAGGCGGACGAGUCUACUAUCACAGCUGGGGCUUUGCAGCCACUGCAGCAUCCGAACCCCGCUAAUGAGCAGUCUUUGCUGAACGUAUCAGAUGGGGUUAUGCCGUCUGUCGGAGAAUCUCAGAUGACGACUGUGUAAAAUGAAUUCUAACAUGCUUUGGUGAUUGGGAAAAGCUAGAGGGGGAAGUUCUUGGUGUAUAUCUUGACGAUGUUAUAGUCCUGUCCAAGUCCUGUCAAUUCUGUUUGAAAUCAUGUACAAAGGAAAUAUAUGCUACAUCUGGCUUGUGUAUAUCUUCGUCACCCUACAAUUAGGUGGUAAAUCCCACCUAUGUCCAGCUCUGUUUUUUUGAACUU